AUUGUCUAUUUAUUUAAAAGUAAUUUCUGCCCUACGUUCCUUUUCAAGAAAAUGGUCUGUGACCCUGUCGUACCAACUAGGAGUCUUUUCAAGUGACUUGACCAGUGUCCUCUCAACGGCCAGCAGAGCCAGGCUGCUUAAACGGCCUUGGCCCAUUGUGUUUCGGGUGUAGGACUUGAGUCGCUUUAAACAGGAGAAGCACCUUUCUACACCUGCAGAUGUAGCGCCAAUUGUUGCCACUAAUGAGAACAGUUUGUAAAGCUGAGGCAUUGCACUGUCCAACUCCAUGUCUUUAAGGAACACCAAGUAAUCACACAGCUUUCCCCUGUUACCCUGCAAGUCCUGAUCUGAAUACAGGACUUGAAGUUCUGACCUCAGUCUUCCUGAAUCAAAGUGAUGGCCAUAACUUUUCAGGAUACUUUGGAAGGCCUCCUCUGGAAAUACCUGUCUCAUGUCAUCAAAUUUCCCUGAAUUGACUAAUUCUAAGAAGAGAAUGCUUUCCAAUUUUGAAAAACGUCAAGGAAUCUGCUCCAAGAUGUUAUCAAGGAUGGUCAUGUACAGAUUUCUGUAUCGCACUUGGGGAUCCUGCAAUUGGGUCAGACGGCGCUUUCUCAUGGGCUCAUCUCGUGGGUCUGAUGUGAGAUCUGCUGAUUUGGCAUAAAUGGCUUGGAAAGCCCCCUCUGACCUCUUCUCUUUGACAAAUGCAAGAAGAGAUUCAAUUCUGUUCUUGCAGUAAAGAACAUCCAUCGCCCACUGCUGAACAAUAUCAAACACCACAUCAGUCUCAGAGAAGAUUUGUUCAUAUGUGUACAACAUGAACACAAACUCAAAAUCCUCCAGUUUCCUCACAAAGCCUUUGGCACAAUCCAGUGUAUCAUCAUCCAUUGUUGUAUCUGCAAUGAUGUUCUCAAAUGUCUGCAGGAGGCCAUCAUAAUUGUUUGCCACAGUGCUCACUAUCCGUGAUGUGAAAUUCCAUCAAGUAGGAGCGUUUCUGGGCAACCUUGAACAGCCUGCAGACUCCAGAAAAGAUGUCCUCUUUGUGGAUUUUGAAAAAAAUGUGGCAAAUCCAGAGAGUGAUGCAAAAAGAAUUCUGCACUCAGGCAAGCAUUUAGCCCCCUGUGACAGCACCAGAUUCAGUCGGUGUGCAUAGCAAUGCACAAACAUUGCACUGGAGGCUAUUGCUUUCACUUUGGCCUGCAGAUCAUUGAGAUCUGAAGCCAUGACAGCAGCCCCAUCAUAGGUCUGUGCCACAAGCUUGUCCUUAAAAUUGUAGCCAUGCAUGUUCUCAUUUAAUAUUUCAAAAACGGACUGGGCAUCUCGCCCCCCCCGAAACAUCAAAAAAUCCAAUAAAGCGCUCCUGAAUUUUACCUGCACUAUCCACAUAGCAAACAAUGACAGAGAGUUGGGCACGGCAGGAUAUAUCAGUUGUUUCAUCCACCUGCCAUCCAAAAAAGGGAGCAUCCUGAAUUUCAUCUCUGAUCUGAUCAGAAACGGUGGCUGCAAGAGCAGAGAUCAAAUCAUUUUGAAUAGUAUGGGACAUACCAGAAAACACAGUUGAGGACUCGAAUUGUGUGGACAGGACAGAGUCAUAUUUAGCUAAUGUUUCUGUGAACUCCCUGUAAUUCCCCUUGUUGGAUGAUUCACUACUCUCAUCAUGUCCCCUAAAUGACAGCUCCUGCCGGCCAAGCAAGGAUGUCACAUCAAUAAGGUGGUUUAGGAAGGCCUUGUUUUGUUUGACUAUUUCAUUAUGUUUAGCCACUUGAAUGCGAGCACCUUCAUUUAUUGCAUGCUCAACCCUGAUCCUGCCCAUGCAACUUAAUCUUGCACAUGCACUCACAUGUUCAUUGCUCUUUUCAUGUCUUUUAUAUGCCCUGUCAAAGUUAGACAGAUCUCCAAACCCCACCUUUGACCAAACAACACAUCCGUGAGAUGGUUUCAUCAAGAGGCAUGGCCAGCAGUACAUUUUAUUUGUCACAGCACUUCCAGUCAGCCAGCUAACUUUGUCAUACCAGGAGAGCUGAAAAGACCUGUUAUUUUUCCCUAUCUUUUGCACUAAAUCAAUCUUAGGUGUUGAUCUGCCCUGCUGUUUAAUUCUAAGUUUUUCCUCGUAAGGAACACUUUCAAAUGGCUUUGCCAAAAUCAGGUCGACAAUAUUAGCACCGUCUGCCAUCGUUUCACCCACGACGCUAGCCUAGCCUACUAACGUUAUAUGAAUGAAUGAAUGAACGAUCUAAAAAAAAAUAUAUUAAACUCUGUAAAACUGAAACAAGGAAUGUGGUGUAUAAUUGUGUGAAAUGUAUGAUAAAAUUCAAGCAAUUUCUCCCAGCAAAUUUCAAAGAAAUAGGUUGCAGCAGUUUUUAUUUUGACUAAACUUGAGAAAUCCGCGAUGGGACUGAGCGCGAAUAGCUUCAGUGAUUCCUUAUAGUACAGAAUCGCUGUCAGUCAAAAGGAGAUGCAGUCUUUCGACAGACCCUCCAAUCAUCACGCAGAAGCUCAGAGUCCGGGCCAGCCCACUUCCCAUUCACCCUUAGAGAUGCUGAGCGUCCGUGGGCGGGACAUAAUCGUAGCGUUUAUCCAAUGAUCGUCUAGUUUCGAAGUGCUGAAAAAAAAACGUUCAAAGCAGCCCCAUUGAAGGCAAUGGACGCUUGGCUUCAAUAGGGAAAUGCACUGUGACGCUGCGGGAAUGUAUGAGAAGGAAAUUGAGUCAGCCGACCUGCUAUAUGUAACUGAUCCUGAGCGAACUCGUCUUUGAGAUGAACGUUUUCUAACGCAUUUUUAGUCAAUAAAAAUUCCCUUGCAGUCUUAAAGAAAUCGCCACUGAUAUAUAUAUAUAUAUAUGUGUGUGUGUGUGUGUGUGUAAUUAUAAACUCUUCUACUGCUGUACAGUUUACAAAGGUUUUUGCUGAACUCUCAGCAGGUGGCACGACACAGUAUUCUGAUUUGGAUGGUUUGGUCGAUUAGUUUUAAUACAUAAUUUACUGGGAUAUAAAAUUAAAUUGCUAAAGGAAGCUAAAAUCUGAAAAACAGCCUUGGAUUAAUAGAGAGGUUUGUAUUCUAUGGAAGGAGUGUAGAAGUGCAGAAAGAAAAGAUGCAGUUCCCAUGCAAAUGUCUAAAUAUUUUUCCAAUGUGAUUUCUCAAAAUUACCAUUGUCCAAAGCUUUUGUUUUCUACCGUUAAUUAUGUAUUAAAUCGUCCUUCUGGGAUUGGUGUUGGUCAUACCACAAGAGUUGUGUGAGAAGUUUUGCUGUUUCUUCAUAAAAUUGCUUGCAUUAAAUCUCAGAUUGUAAUGAACACAUCACAGAAGGUCUGGUAUUUACCUUUGGGUCCUGGUAAAUUUUCACAUUUCCAUCCUAUCUCAGACUGUUGUCUAUCUGAGUUGUUGAGCAUAGUGUCCAGUUUAAGAUUGACCACUUGCUCUCUUGAAGUUAUACCAACUAUGCUACUAAUGAAAGUGUUGGACGCAGUUGCACCAAAUAUUAUUUAUGUUAUCAACAUUUCCUUACAGACAGGUUCAGUUAUAUCCUGUCUGAAACAUGUAGUGGUUCAUCCACUGCUAAAGAAAGCAAUUCUCUAUCCUUCUGAUUUUAACAACUAUAGACCUAUUUUGAAAUUGCCAUUCUUGUCAAAAGUAUUGGUGAAAGCUGUUUUAAAUCAGUUAUCACCUUACUUAAUUGAAAAUAAUAUAUUGGAUCCUUUUCAGUCUGGUUUCAGAUCUAAGCAUAUCACUGAAUCAGCUUUGUUAAGAGAGUUAAACAACUUUUAUUUUUAUACUUAUUAUAUUUGUGGAUACAGUUUUAUAUUUGUGGAUGCAGUUUUAGUACUGUUGGAUUUAAAUGUGGUGUUCGAUACAGUAUAUCACUGUAUUCUUUAAACAGGUUAAAAACAGGUUAGAUUGGUUUGAAUCAUAUUUUACUGCGAGGAGUUUCUCUGGACAUAGGUCAGUCUCAUUCAUCAACUGCUUCUGUUACUGGUGGGGUGUCACAGGGCUCCAUCUUAGGCCUGAUUUUGUUUGCUUUAUGUAUGCUCCCUCUUCGUUACAUUUUUGAGUCUCACAAGGUCCCAUAUCACAUUUAUGUGGAUGAUACUAUAUAAUUGUAAAUGUCAAUUAAAACUGGGUCAAACUCCUUAUCUGACUUGCUUGCUUGUGUAAACGACAUCAAAAGCUGGAUGGGUGAUCAUUUUCAUCAAGUCUAUUUGGUUCCCUCAAUUGGUUAACAGCAUGUCCUCUAGUUUAGGACCCUUACAAGCAAAUAUCUGUACUCAUGUAAAGAAUCUGGGUGUUGUUUUUGAUUCAGAGUUAAAAUUCGACAAGAAAAUAAAUUCUGUUGUUAGAACUAGUUUUUUUUUUUUCAGGUUAGGGGUUUAUGUAAGCUGAAAUCUCUUUUAUCUUUUAGUGAUCUAGAGACAAUUAUUCAUGCCUUCAUUUCAACAAGGCUUGAUUAUAGUAAUGCUUUAUAUGCUGGUGUCAACCAGUUUUCCCUUUCUUGUUUGCAGCUUUUUCAAAAUGCUGCUGCCCGCUUCUUAAUGGGGAAGCAAAAGAGAGAGCACAUAACCCCAGUCUUUUUUGCACAUUUACAUUGGCUACCAGUUAAAUGUAGAAUUGAAUACAAGAUUUUAUCGUUUGUGUUUAAAACCUUCCAUAGUUUGGCUCCAGUCUACAUCUCAGACCUUAUCUGUUCAUGCUCACCACAGAGAUCUCUUAGAUCAUCCUCUGAUAAUCGAUAAACUGACCCAUUGUCUCAUUUGAAAUCUGUGGAAAUUGUUACCUGUUAGGUUAUCAUCUUCUUUAUCUGUACAUAUACAUAUAUAUAGAUUAUUUACUUAUGUAUUUAUUUUUGUUAGGGGGAAGACAUUAUAGAAUUAUAGAAUAUUUUUAGAAUAUUUAAAUUGAACUAAAGGAAUGAUAAAGACAUUUAUAAUGUUACAAAAAUGUAUAUUUCAGAUAAAUGCUGUUCUUCUGAACUUUCUAUUCAAUAAAUUUAUAUUCAAGAAACCUUAAUAAGUUCUACUCAGCUGUUUUUAAUAUAAUAAUAAUACAUUUUAAAUUUUGAAAUCCCAGAAAUAAAUUAUAUUUUAAAAUAUAUUCAAAUAGAAAGCAGUUAUUUUAAACAGUGAAAAUAUUUCACAAAAUUACUGCUGUAUUUGUUGUCUUUUGGAUUAAAAAAACAGGCUUGGUGAGAAGAAGAGAAAUCAUUAAAGGGAGCAUAAUACACACAGUUUCACCCAAUCUCAUGUUAAUCUUGAGUACCUAUAGAGUAGUACUGCAUCCUUCCUAUCUCCAAGAAUACUUUAGUUUUGUCAUUUUUAUAAAAGAAAGAUACAGCUCUACGGUUCUCUCCAGAAAAAGCUGAGCUCCUGGAGGAGUGCUGUGGGCGGAGCUAAAGAAUGACGAGCUCUUGCCAACAAAACAAGACAUUUUACAAGACAAGUUUCACUUAUCUGCAGUUCUGAAUCAUGAACAAUAUCUUUAAUUGAGAGUGAGGAGUUGUCGUCAUGUUUCAGAGCCCCUCCCCUUGAUAUCAUGGUAUCUUGUGGGAUCCCCACACUCUCCGUCAUGUUGGCAGGAUUCCGGCAGCAAAACAUGAUUACGUUUACAUGUGUUGUUAACUCAGUAGUAGAGGAGGUUCUCACAAUUCCGCACUGUUUUACCAUGCCUGAAAGUAACUGUUUCGUCAAAAACUGCUCCAGUACCUCACACGAUACAUAUGGAAAACACAGGAACAAUGGAAUGCAGUUUUUUAGGUUACUGAAAUGGACACACCAUCAAGGCACAAGCUUCUGACCUGGCGAGGAGAUGCCAGAUUGCUUGUUUGGCUGCAAUAAGAAGAAAGGACCUUACUUUUGAUGAGAGUGUGUUCUCUGCAUUUUCACUUGGGUAAACCAUUAUAUGAGAUGUUGGAGAACCACCCUGACUGGACAUCAACACCAGCCCAGGGCCAGCAGCAGUCGCCAUAACCAGCCCAAGACCACCAGGACAUAGAAUAUGGACUCUGCACAUCAAGACGAGAUGUUAUCAACAAUAUUUUGGAAGAAAACAGAGAGCUGAAGUGGGAGCUUGAUGAGUACAGGAUGAAUGAGAACUUUCUGAGUGGAGAUGAUGACACAGUGAAGUAUUACAUGGGGCUUCGAAACUUUGCAUUUUUCCAGAUACUUAUACUCACCCUCACUCCAUAUCUGCCUCAAGGUAGGAUGAAGAACCUCUCACCCUUCCAGCUUUUCCUAUUGAUUUUAAUGCGCCUCAGACUAGACCUUCCAAUACAGCACCUCAGCCAUCUGUUUAGAGUUCAUAGGACAACAGUCGCCGAUGCCUUUCACCAUAACCUUGGAGUGAUGUAUGCACAGCUGUGUCCAUUGGUGCACUGGCCAAGCAGGGAAUGCUUAUUUACCAGUAUGCCACACCAGUUUGUGGAGUCAUUUGGGAAAAAUGUGGCUGCCAUUGUGGACUGCUUCGAGGUGUUCAUCGAAAAACCCUCAAAUGUUCUGAUUCGAGUCCAUGCAUGUGGCAUAAACCCAGUGGAGACAUACAUCCGCUCUGGAUCCUAUGCUCGAAAACCCAGCUUGCCCUACACUCCUGGAUCAGAUAUUUCUGGUGUGGUUGAAGCUGUUGGGGAUGGCGUUUGCCUCUUAAGGACAGGUGACAGAGUUUUCACCACAGGCACAGUGACAGGAGGAUACGCUGAGUUUACUUUGGCUUCAGAGGACACUGUUCACAAGCUUCCUGAUACCCUAGACUACAAACAGGGUGCAGCUAUUGGAGUCCCAUAUUUCACUGCAUACCGGGCUUUAGUUCAAAAGGCUCAUGCCAAAGCAGGAGAGACAGUUCUUAUCCAUGGAGCCAGUGGUGGGGUAGGCAUUGCAGCGUGUCAGAUUGCACGAGCGUUUGGCCUUAAAGUUCUGGGUACAGCAGGGACAUCUGAGGGUAUGCAGCUGGUGCUCAGCAGUGGAGCUCAUCUUGCGUUCAACCACAGAGAAAAAUACUAUUUGGAUAAAAUUAAGAAUGCUACCAAUGGACAAGGCGUGAAUGUGAUCAUUGAGAUGUUAUCCAACGUCAACCUCAGUAAUGAUCUUCAGUUGCUUGACUUUGGUGGCAGAGUUAUUAUUGUUGGUUCUAGAGGCCCUAUUGAAAUCUACCCCAGAGACAUCAUGGUGAAAGAGACCAGCAUCAUUGGUGUGGCUUUAUACAAUGCAACUAAUAAGGAAACAUCUGAGUGUGCCACAGCUCUUUUUGCAGGAAUGGAGACAGGCUGGUUGAAACCUGUCAUUGGUCCUGAAUAUACACUUGAUAAAGCAGCAAAAGCUCAUGAAGACAUCAUCAGCAGCCCUGGAGCCAGUGGAAAGAUGAUUUUUAUCAUCUGAAAUUAUGCAGGAAGUAAAAAAUCCAAUACAGUGCAACAUAACAUAACCGUCGUUGAGGGAGUGUCAUAAUUUGUGUUCACAGAAGAAACUCAAACAGGUUUGGAACAAAAAUGAAAACUCUGCCAUCUAGUCAUCCUCAUAUUGUUCCAACCCCUUUAUGAAUUUCUUUCUUUGCUGAACACAAAUGAGGAUAGUUUAAAGAAUGUGGGUAACCAAACAGUUGAUGGUAGCAAAGAAUGGGAAAAAAAAUACUAUGGAAGUCAAUGGCUAACAUCAACUGUUCAGCUACAUUAUAUUUUCAUGUAUGAAUCACAUAUAUGAAGCUGAUCAUAAAGACCUGUUUUGUGGAAAUGAAAUAAAAUAAAGAGAUAAUUAAAUCUUCAA